AACAGAAUUUCAACGAAUACAACGCACAGGAUAUUGUAUAUGCAGAACAGUAAACAAAAAUGGCUACCGCUACGAUGAAAGAAAUUGUUGCGUUGUAUCAAAAUUUAAAACGUAUAUGGGAUAGUAAGCCACAAAAUUUAGAAAAGUCUGGAGAACUUCUUUCCAGACUCAAGUUGUCACUCACCCAAGUUGCAUUUCUACCAACAACAGAGGCGUCAGUGACUAAGCAAGAAUUGCUAAUUGCUCGAGAUAUACUUGAAAUUGGAGCACAAUGGGCUAUUGCUAAAAAGGAUAUUCCAGCAUUUGAAAGAUACAUGGCCCAAUUAAAAUGCUAUUAUAUGGAUUACAAGGAUGACCUUCCAGAGUCUGCAUUCAAAUACCAGCUUUUAGGACUGAACCUUUUGUGUCUACUUUCUCAAAAUCGAUUAGCAGAAUUUCACACUGAACUGGAACGGUUACCUGUAAAGGAGAUUCAGAAUAACAUUUAUAUCAAACAUCCAGUAAGCAUGGAACAGUAUUUAAUGGAGGGAAGUUACAAUAAGGUUUUUCUAGCCAGAGGAAAUGUUCCAGCAGACAACUAUAACUUCUUCAUUGAUAUUUUACUGAACACAAUCAGAGAUGAAAUAGCAGGGUGCAUAGAAAAAGCAUACAACCGUAUUGGUCUUAAUGAAGCUGCCAGAAUGCUUUUCUUUGAAGCCCAAAAACCAAUGAAGGAAUAUGCUACUCAGAGAAAAUGGAGAUUAGAGAAAGACUUUUUUCACUUUAUUCAUGAAGCUAAGGAUGCUGAUCACACCAUCCCUGCCAAAAUAUUAGCUACACAAACCAUUGAAUAUGCCAGAGAACUUGAAAUGAUAGUAUAAACUUUGAUGUUAAAGCCUUUUUCAUCUGUUUUAUUUAACAAAAUUUGACAUAUUUGAUUUGAAAGGAACUUUCAAUUUAAUAAAAAAAAUUUAAAAAGCUUGAGAUUGUAAAAUGUGACGGAUUGUGUUAAAUUUCAAACAAUGGAUUAAUUUUAAAAAGUGCAUCUGUAUAGCAUUAGAAGCAUAAAUAAGGACAUAAACAUUUUGAAAAGAAAAUAUGAUUGGUCAGUCUGAAAGAGUUUAGUGGUUUUUGUGUGAGUGAAGUUUUGUACAACAUGCAGGUUUUGAACUUAAUUUUAUUAAACCAGACAAUAAAAAAAAUGUUUAAUAGAUCAUGUUUGUUGUUACCAGUUCACAAAAAAAUACAUUAAAAACACCAAUUAUUUCUUUAUGUACCGGUAUGAUUUAUUUUUUCUAUAUGUAUAACAAUCCAAACACUAUGACAACACAUGUAAUUGAGAUCAGGCCAAAAUGAAGUUAGAAAGUCAGUCCGUGCACAUUAUUAUUGUGAUGGUUAAAUAAACUAUUCUGUAAAUCUCUUGAAUACAUGUGACAUUUAACAAAUAUUUCCAAAAAUUGCGUUUUGUCUUGAGGAACAUUGAUAGAUGUUUUAUUUAGACAUAAUAGUCUAAUAAACUGAAUGCAGUUGUUCAAGAAAAUGCAGUUUAUUAAUUUUAGUUUGAGAAAAUAACAGUCAAAAUGAUUUAAUCAACUAUCAUAUUUUAUUUCAAUACUGAGC